AUGAAACACAAGGGUGGACAACGCGAUAAGAAGAAAUACAUGUCCCUAUGUGAGAAAUCAAUGGUGUUGGUGGCAAACAUCAUCAAACUUUCAUCUCUGUCUCUGGCUAACAACAGUUUUGGAGCAACGUCGUGCGUCAGAUCACUUGAGCCUGCUCAUGGUCGUAAAAUGACCAAAGUAGACGUGGUGAUGCAAGUACCAAUUACAGGGGAUCAAUUGUCAUCGUCAUCCUAUGCGAGUGCUGAUGUGGAUGUGAAAGCUGAAGAUUUUAUCAGAAGGAUACGUGACAAAAUUCACAAGAACCAAAACGAUCAGCAGCACGUAUUGGGAUAA